AGCCUCACCUCAAGCCCGUCUUCCUCAAUUUUGCAGCAGAAGAAUGCUUCCUGCAGCAGCACAAAUUUCAUGUGUGUACUACAGUUAUGAAGCUUUGUCGCGUUCCAAUCGCUUCUCCGAGUUAUGAUCUUGAAUUCGAACGCACUUGAAGCGGAUUUGGUGGGGGAUUCAGUGCGCUUCGAUGGCUGAGGCGAGAUAGGGGCACAGGGAAGUGAAAUGGGGGUAUAGGGUUUAGUGCGGUGCCUUGUGAAGGCAUGUGUUCAGCAGAUCGUGCUUGAGGUCUUUUGAAAUGGGGCUGCAUCAUCAUUUGAUGCUGCUUCAUCAAUGUCGCUGCGUCCUUCCUGCCUCCAUGGCUCUGGCUCGAACUCUGUCCCAUUCGUAUGCCUCUAGUUCUGCGGCAGCUGCUGCUGUGGUUCCUGGCUUGUUGGGUGGGAAACCAAGCUCGAGAUGUGUGAAGGAGUCAUGGGAAUGCUGGACUUUGCUGCGGAAUUUUAAAUUGGAUGGUUUGGAGAGGGGUUUUGCGACAAGGAGGUUUGCUCGGGUGGAGAAGUCGCGGGCGGCGCUAGCAGCAGUUGAGUUCUCUGAAUCUAUCGGUACGCAUUUGACUGACCACACCGCGCAGCCUGGAGAUGGAGUCGAUAAAGGUUUGAAAUCAAUGCUAGGGUCGAACAUAGUCAUCACGGCGGGUGCAGAGGUUGGUCGACUUGCGCUGAUAAAGUCAGCUGAUUUCAUCAAGAGUAGUAGCAAGGAAUCGGAGUGCCCUCAUGAGGGACACCCAGAAUUUGCGCUGGUGGGGCGUUCUAACGUUGGAAAAUCGUCUCUUAUUAACGCGCUGGUUCAUCGCAAGGAGCUUGCACAAACAUCCAAGAAACCUGGUAAAACACAGCUCAUUAACCACUAUCUUAUCAACAAGACGUGGUACCUAGUUGACCUUCCUGGUUACGGAUAUGCCAAGGCUCCAACUGCCAUACGCACUGAUUGGAAUGAGUUUACAAAAGGUUAUUUUUUGAAGCGACAAACACUUGUUUCCGUGCUACUUCUUGUUGACUCUAGCAUUGAGCCUCAACAAAUUGAUCUGGACUGCGUUGGCUGGCUUGGUCGUAACAAGAUUCCAGUCACCAUCGUGUUUACAAAAUGCGACAGGAAGAAAAAGAAGAAGAAUGGGGGGCGGAAACCAGAAGAAAACAUUAAAGAUUUUCUGGAUAGAAUAAAACCGUUGUACGCUGAGACUCCUCCAUGGAUAAUGACAAGUUCCGAGACUAACCAAGGCAAGGAAGAGUUAUUACGCCACAUUGCACAGUUGCGGAUUUUAUGGGCUAGUUAAGCAUCGAAUGACAUUUUUGCUCUUCAUAUUUUAGCCUACGACUCAUAGAUUUUUCAAUGGUAAAAUUUACUGUUUGUUUAAAGAGCACUAUCCUUUAGAUUCCAAUUGGAGUUCAUUGAAGGUAUUCCAAGGAUAUCUAUCCAGUCAACUGAGUCUGGUGAAUUACCCAAUUUCUUGGUUGACGCUUGGGAGAGUUACAAUUUACAUUUGCUAUAGAAAACACGUUACCUGGAAUAUCGGUGUCACUGGUGUCCUGAUCACUUUCAAGCAUCAGAUGACUUAUUGUUUGAGUUU